GUCGUCUGAUCCGAUCGGAGUUUAAGCUCUUCUUCGUUUUUUAAACUGUAGCAAAAGUUUGUGAUUUCGAAAUUUGUGAGUGAUUUAACUUAAGGGUGUUGAAAAAAUGGGUCGCCCAUCGCGUACCAGCAUUGGCUUCCAGAUGCCCAACGGCCAGAGUGGGUCCCCGAAUCUAAAUGGAGGCAGCAACAACAGUAAAACAAAGUACUAUGGAGAUGCCAGUGAACCGGGUUCACCGAAACAGAGUGUUGGAAUCCCGCCGAUGAUCGUUUCGAGGCCCCGAUUCCAGCAAGAAGAACUGAACCGGAAGUUGGACUAUCAUGUUCCCAAACGGCAUAUGUGUGAGAAAAUAUCCCGAAAAGCGGACAAGUUCAGCUGUUUAGGCUUUGUCAAGAGUGUUUUUCCUAUUCUCGUUUGGCUAAGAGAAUAUUCCUGGAAGAGAGACUUCGUUGCUGAUCUCAUAGCUGGUUGCACCGUAGGGGUCAUGCACAUCCCUCAGGGUAUGGGUUACGCCUUGCUGGCCACGGUUCCUCCGAUCGUCGGGAUUUACAUGGCUUUCUUCCCGGUGUUGAUCUACUUUAUGUUGGGAACUUCGAGGCACAAUUCGAUGGGUACAUUUGCGGUUAUCUCGAUCAUGGUGGGAAAAGUGGUGCUGACACAUUCGACUGCUGGCAAUGCUUUUGUGACAGGGGCGGCCAAUGCCACGGCGGGAGCUGCAGGAGCCGCGAUGGCCGGGCUUCCAACCAGGGAUCCGGUGCAGGUGGCCACGGCCGUCUGUUUCGUCGUUGGAGUUAUGCAGAUCCUCAUGUACAGCUGCCGGAUGGGUGUUAUGUCGUACCUGCUGUCGGACACCCUCAUUUCCGGCUUCACAACGGGUGCGGCACUCCACGUGUUCACUUCCCAGGUCAAGGAAAUCCUCGGCCUCACCAUGCCUCCCAUAGUUGGUAACUUCAAAAUCGUUAGAACAUAUUACCACGCAAUCGCUCAAAUCACUGAAGUGAAUCUCGCUGUUUUACUGAUGUCAGGAAUCGCAAUCACAGUUUUGGUUAUCAACAAUGAGUAUCUGAAGCCAAUAGUAGCGAAAUACACUAUCGUUCCGAUUCCGAUUCAACUGAUUGUGGUGAUUGUUGGCCGAGUCAUUUCCUUCAACUGCGGCAUCGGUGAAACGUACUCGAUCAAGACUGUCGGGCACAUUCCGACCGGUUUUCCAGCUCCCGCAAUGCCCGAUUCAUCGCUCUUCAACGCAAUUCUGCUGGACUGCUUCUCGAUAGCGGUCGUUUCGUAUGCCAUCUCCGUCUCGAUGGGUAUGAUCUUCUCGCAGAAGGAAAACUAUGAGAUCAGCUUCAACCAGGAGCUUUUGGCCAUGGGAGCGAGUAACAUCUUCGGCUCUUUCUUCUCGUGUAUGCCGCUGUCGGCUUCGUUGUCUCGAUCCAUGGUUAACUAUCUGGUCGGUGCCAAAACGCAGCUGUCGGCUGUUAUCUCCUGCAGUAUUCUGGCCGUAGUUUUGCUUUGGAUUGGACCGUACUUUGAACCUCUGCCACGGUGCAUUCUAUCGGCCAUUAUUGUGGUUGCUCUGAAGGGAUUACUUAUGCAGGUCAAAGAGUUUUUCGUUUUCCUCAAGAUGAGCUACAUGGACGCCAUGCUUUGGAUGGUCACCUUUUUGACUGUGGUCUUGGUCAACAUCGACAUCGGACUGUUAGUCGGCAUGGGCCUCAGCGUUUUCUGCAUAUUCUUCAAAGGAAUGAUGCCGUAUACAUGUUUGCUGCAAAAUGUUCCCAACACCGAUCUCUAUCUGGAUGUCAACCGAUACAAUGGAACGGUUGAAAUCUUCAACGUGAAGAUUUUCCACUUCUGCGGUAGUUUGAAUUUCGCCACACGAGCCGGAUUCAAGUAUAACCUGUGCAAGGCACUCAAACUCAACAUCCUGGAGGAGAUCAAGCAGCUCAACCAGGGCAAACAGGAUCCGGAAGAGGCCAAGCGAUCCAACCAAAACCUGCGAUAUCUGGUGCUGGAUUUCAGUGCCGUAAGCAACAUCGACUCAUCGGCCUGUUCGAUGAUCAAAUCACUGAUUGCUGAUCUAGAAAGGCUUUCCGUUUCGGUGGCCAUAGCCGGAAUGGCUUCCCCGAUCUAUGAGGUGAUGGUGAAGUGUGGACUCGUUGGUGGCGAUCAGGAAUACUGUGCCCUGUUUCCCACCGUACACGAUGCCGUGCUCUGGACCAAGGAAGGACUGGCGAUGGAUUCCAAGAGGGUUUCAACUUAUUUCUAGGAAAAAAAUGUUUUAGCGAAUGUGUUGCGACUCCGAACUAUUAUAGACAGUAACUGUCGAUAUAUUUAAGAUAAUUGAAACGUUAGCUAGUUUGUUAGGUUUAAGUAAUAAAGUUAUUCAAUCGUCAUCGUAAGAAGUAGCAAUAUUUGAUUGAUUCGAAAUUCUUUUAAAAUUAGUUC